AUGGAGUCAGAAGACAUUCCAAGAGUUCUUAUAACAGGUGUAACAGGUUUCCUAGGAUCCUGGGUGCUCAAAACAUUCCUUGAAUGUGACACUGAAUUCCAAAUAAGAGCUACAGUCAGAGAUCCCACAAAUGAAGCAAAAAUUGGACCUUUAAGAGAAUCUUUAGGCGAAAAAUUUGAUAAUGUUGAAUUAGUUCAAGCUGAUUUGACAGAUGCAGCUUCACUUGAGCAAGCGAUAGAGGGAUGCGAUUAUGUGGUGCACACAGCUUCUCCAUUCCCAGCUAAACCUCCUAAACGGGAGGAAGAAAUCAUUAAGCCAGCAGUAGAAGGAACGAAAGCUGUUUUGGAAGCUUGCAGAAAUCAUAAUGUGAAAAGAUUAGUCGUGACAUCAUCGAUUGUAGCUAUUAUAGACUACAAAAGAGAUAUGAAUGGAACAGUAUGCACUGAAGAAGAUUGGCUUGAAGACUUCAAAUCAUCCACAGCGUAUCCAAAGAGUAAAACUUUGGCAGAGAAAGCAGUUUGGGAGUUUACUGAAUCAUUACCUGAAGAAGUAAAAUUUGAUGCAGUUACUAUCAAUCCAGGAUUUAUUCUUGGACCAAUUCUCGUCAAAAGUCCAUUCUCAUCGGCAGACGUUCUCUCAAAGAUCAUGAGAGGAAAAUAUCCUGGGCUCCCAAACAUUUAUGUCCCAAUGGUUGAUGUGAGAGAUGUUGCAGAAGCCCAUCUCAGAGCAAUAACAUUAAAUCCUCCUGCUGGAAGAUACCUUGUCACUGAAAGCACAUACCAAUUCACGUUCUUAGGACAAACUCUUGCUGAUGAAUUUGGUCAGUAUGGAUAUAAGCCAAACAGAAAAAUGCUAAAGUAUUGCUUUGCUAAAUUUGGCUCUUUCUUCAUCUCUGAAGUAAAGACAAUCCUAUCUCAGUGGGGAAAGAACGUAAGCACUAGUAAUGCAAAGGCUAUCGAGCACUUGAAUAUGGAGUUCAGAGAUACAAAACAGACAGUCAUCGACAUGGGAUACUCCCUCAUAGACCAGGGAUAUGUACCUGAUAAAAGAAAGUAACUAGCAUGUGUACAGAUUUGAUAGUAAACUUUCAAUAUUAAUACUAG